CUCCACACUCACAGUCGCCAUCGCAAUCUCCAUCCUUCGUUGUCUGCGUCGCACGACAAUGAAUGGCUGACAACAUGAGAAGCUCUAAGCCAUUGAGACGGUCUGGCAUGAAGCGCGACAUGGAGCGCAACGGCAAGCCACACACCAAGCAUCCCGAAGGCGCGGGAAAGGCGGAUACCAAGCCAAAGGCCUCACGCGCGUCUCCUCCUCCAAAAGAUGAUUUCGAUCUCGAUGCAGCGGAAGACGCAAAUGGUUACAAGGAGGAGCAGAUGUACCUUAUGGAGCGCGAGAAGGUACGCAAGGCAAACAAGGCUAGGAAAGCGCAAGGCGAGAAGCCUCUCAAAAUGCCCGUUAAGCCGAAGCGAGAGAUCGUGCACCCACGCAAGCGUCAGAACCUCGACGACUCCGAUGACUCCGACGGGACACCGGGGGUCGAUUCUGGGGGACGCGAACUGCAGUACGAAGGCCAGCGAAUCUUGCCUUUUGACCCAUUAGUAGAGCUUGCAUCCCUGCCUCCAGGUACCGAACCCGACGAGAUCACCCUCAAGCAGCGCGCACUUGAACCACGAGCUCCACCACCUAGGAAGACCCGUGUCGAUGACGCUCCUCCUGGUGCGCUUGGAAACGGCCUGCUUUCAUGGCUCAAGUCAGAGUCGGGCACAACCUCCUCCGUCAAGCCUGAGGCCGGCAUCAAGCACGACAUCAGACCACAUAUCGCUGACGUGAAGCCUAAUAUCAGCCGCAAUGUGAAGCCUCACGUUAGCGCGGACGUCAAACCCGUGGUUUCGCACCACGACGUGAAGCUACAGAUCUCUCCCGAAAUCAAGCCAAGCCGUCCGUCUGACUUCGAUAUCAAGCCGUCCGCCGCCGCCCUGCAAGCUGCAGACCUCAACGCCCAGCUGUCAGGGGACGAACAGCAAAGCAGCGAAGUUGGCGAGGACGAGGAAGAUUACAGUGAAGAUGUCAUUAUCGCGCCCUGGGGAUCCAACCGACCUCUUCCAGCAGCAAAUGAGGCGCCCGGGGAGGAAGAGGAAGAGGAAGUCUAUACCGAAGAUGAGACCGAGGAGGUGUACUCUGACGACGAGGGCUCUAGUACACCCCCUGACAACUCGCAACUGCGAACGUCAGCUCCGUCAUCGCAGUCUCAAGAACACUCGCUUGUGCCAAUCGGCUCCAAGGUCAUCGCUGUCAAAGAGCGUCCGGCUUUCCCGUGCACGGAGCAGCAGCUCAAUAUUGGGCCUCACAACAUCGACUCGGAUGAUUCGUCCAUGGUGAUACCAUCCUCUAUCAAUCGUUUUCUUCGCAAUUAUCAACGCGAUGGAGUCGAAUUCUUCUACUCCAAGUACAAGAGGGGCUACGGCGGCAUCCUCGGCGAUGAUAUGGGAUUGGGCAAGACUGUACAAGUCAUCGCAUUUCUGUCAGCUAUCAUGCGCAAGACGGGCACAGCUGAGGACAAAGGCCGCCGCAAGCAUCUCAUCCGCAGUACCAAUGUUCAGAGCAUUGCCGCCAAGAGGUGGCCAACCGCCCUUAUCGUGUGUCCGACAUCCCUCGUUGACAACUGGAGCCGAGAGUUGGACACUUGGGGAUUCUUCGAGUACAAAGUCCUACGUUCCAGCUCUGAUCGAGGCGAUAUUGAGACUAUGCGACUUGGAUACCUCGAUAUUUUGUUGACCUCUUAUGAGAUGUGCAUCAAGUUUGCAGACGAAUUGAAGACAGCCCCAUUUUCGACCGUGUUCGUGGACGAGGCGCACCGCUUAAAGAAGCCCACUGGGCUUUUAACCUUGGCCGUGAAGAAGCUUCGCGCCGGCACGUGCUUUGCCUUGACAGGUACUCUGAUCCAAAAUCGCAUGGAAGAGAUGUGGUCGGUUCUCGACUUUGUUCAUCGCGGUUGGGCCGGCACGUUCAAGCAGUGGAAGACAUUUGCAGCGAGGCCCGUCACACGUGGCCAUCGACGCGACGGCACUUUGUUCGAGGUUGUCCAGGCCAUUAAACGUGUAGGAGAGUUGAAGGACAAGGUUUUACCUCAUUUCUACAUUCGCCGCGACAAAGGACUGAUUGCUCAUGAGCUACCUAAAAAGCAUGAUAAGGUCGUGCUGUGCCCCCUCGCCAAGAAUCAGGAGGCAGUGUACAAACGGGUUGUCGAUUCGGCUGACAUGAUGUUCAUCCUCGGAUCCAAAAAUCCUUGCGACUGCGGAUCGGGCAGAAUGCGGAUGGCUUGUUGCGCAGAGGUCAACUCACAAGGUGACGACUAUCGGACAGCCGUCUUGAAGAUGUUCCACGCUCUUGGGCGCUGUGCAAAUCACCUCGCCCUCUUGUACUCCAGCCCAAAUGAUCCGCCAAAAGUCAAAGCCACGGCUAAGCGCCUCUUUGAAUUUUGCGUGGGUUUGACAUACGAUCCCAACCGUCAUAAUCAGAUCGAGGCAGCACUGGAUCCCGAUAAUUGCGGCAAAUGGCUCCUACUGGUGCAGAUGUUGAGGGAGUGGCGCUUGCGUCCCGAGGAGAAGAAUAAGAUCCUGGUCUUCUCCAAUUCGGUCCGGCUGCUCAACAUGAUUCAUGAGUUUAUAAAUACCACUCCAUCUCUGUCUGGCUUUGGCUGCGAACUGUUCAUAGGCGAAGUCGACAAGGCGGACCGCAUGGGCAUUGUGGAUAGGUUCCAGGACCCAGAUGGCGACCUAUCAAUCAUGCUUGUCAGCACAAUGGCUGGCGGCGUAGGACUUAACCUCACUGCCGCCAACAAGGUCGUGAUCUUUGAUCCCAACUGGAACCCUGCCAAUGAUUUGCAAGCCAUGGACCGCGCUUUCCGCAUUGGACAAACUCGCCCCGUGGAUGUGUAUCGGCUCAUCGGCCAAGGCACUGUGGAAGAACUGAUGUACGAGCGGCAAAUUUACAAGCAGCAGCGCUCUCGUCAAAUGAACAAAGGCACAUUCGAGCGCCGAACUCAUGCGGGCUACGAGGGCGCGACGGAUAUGAGCGACAAAGGCGAGCUGUUUGGGGUCCACAACCUCUUCCGCUACUGGCCCGGGGGAUAUGUCAAGAACAAUCUUGAGCGUGUCCGUCAAGACGAAGAUCGAUUCCGGCUGGAUCUGAUCGAGGCCGAGUACGAGAAUGAUAGUGGGGAUGAGGAGGACGGUGUCACCGCAGCCCGCCGGGAGCGCGACAAGCGGAAGGCCAGCCAGGCGGCGGAGCAGGAAGAGGCUAGCCUCCUGACCGAGCUGAUCUCGGACGGUACCGGACCGUCUAGCGAAGGAGAGGACCUACUGACGAAAUUGGGCAUCUCCACUAUGGAACACGACAAGGCGUUCCGUGACUCUCCUGAGGAGCGCGCCUUAUACGAAAUGGGCCUGGAAAUCUUAAAACACCAGCCACACCUUGCAAGCACGCUCGCCAACGAUGUUGCCCGACUUACCGCUGCGACCCGCCCGGCAAAGAAGGCGCGCAGGUCAGAGGACUCGAAGGAACUGAAGCGCGAGCAGGUCGAAGAGCCAUGGAAGGACCGUUUCGCAGCUGGGCGCGUACGUAAUCGCGGCAAACAGUUGGUAGAUUCGGACGAGGAGUAGAACCAUGAUGAUACCAAGUGACAUAAUGGUAACCCGCAUCCCCAUACCCAAUCCUGUAACCAUUAAAAGUCUAUGUAUUCUACUACACGCCA